AUGGAAGCUCUCACCAAGUCUGAACCGGAUGAAAUAUCGAUCCUGUUUCAUGCCGCACUCAAGCAGCAGAAACUUGAUGUUGACCGCGGGGUCAAAAUAAGUCUUGACUAUACAAGGGCUUCGACAGGAAUGGUAUAUAUCCGAGGUAUCGGAAAGCUGGCCAGCUUGGGGAGAGAAAUAGAUGCGGUAUUGGGGCGAUUGAGGGCUUUCACAGGAGCCGCAUGCAGGUCUUACUUCAUUAUUCGUUCGUUGGAUUCUGACAGCGUUGCAGCGAUCGACGGCAUACCCAGCGGACGCAAGAUAGCUCAAUCGCCUGAUACUGGCUCACUUGUUACCCUGAUACGACGAUGGAUGGAAGAAUGUCGAACCGCACAUGAUGUAUGCAACCCACUACGUGGGGACCAUGGGCAUCAUCCUGAACCGGAGCUCCCAACGCGAGUACUAGAUGUUACGGAGGCUCAGUCUUCAGGAACCGUGCGGCUCUGGGAAACAAACAAAGCACGUCACCACUAUAUUGCACUAAGUCAUCGAUGGGGCGGAAGUACUCCAAUCAAAACACUACAGGACAACUACAACCAGCGGCUAGACGGCUUCUCUUUCAGUCAACUCCCUCAAACCUUCCAGGAUGCAUGUACCGUUGCCUGCAAACUCGGCAUUCGUUAUGUUUGGAUAGAUUCACUCUGUAUCAUUCAAGACUCGACUGAGGAUUGGCGCCGGGAGGCGGCGAGAAUGGGAGAUGUGUACAAGAACGCCACUCUCACAUUCGCAGCCACCGCAGCACAAAACAGCGACGCCGGGUUCUUGAGAUCUAGGCAUCUCGCUGGGCACGCUCAAAUUCCCGUCAACAGUCAUCAAGACGGUAUGACUGGCGACCUCGUCUAUCUUGACCUUGGAACCUACCGAAACCUAAGAGAUGACGUCGACAACCGUGAGCUCAAUCAUCGAGGCUGGGUUCUACAAGAGCGAGUGCUUGCCCCACGCACGCUACAUUUCUCCCACACGCAGGUCUACUGGGAAUGUUGGACGCACCAGCUCCGCGAAGACGGACAGCAACCUCGUCGGCAGAAGCCCAAAAGUCAGACGUUUCCUACCCUACUUUCGCCGUCUUCGACAUCUAAAUCUACGCUUUCGGAGACACCAAAGCAGUGGUUCCAACUACUAGAAGCAUACACCGCCUCCGAGCUCACCUUCCAGUCUGAUAAGCUGGUCGCUAUUGGCGGCCUUGUGCAGAGACUCGGCUCUCAGACCGGGCAGAAAUUCAUCAGAGGACUCUGGGGAGACUCCUUCUAUGAAGGCUUACUGUGGGUCAGGUCCACUCCGCAAAGCCUGGAACGCAUUCCCGAAGCCGAAGCUCCAUCUUGGAGUUGGGCGAGUUGGAACGGCGCAGUAGGACAUGUCACGCUAAACACGAAGUAUGCGAACUAUAAGGGAGUGAGGUAUGAGGACGAUGAUGGGGGCUUGCGCUUGAGAGGAAAUAUAUACGCGCUUGAUCCCAGCCGCAGCAUCGUCGUGGAACGCUCUACCAUUCGACCACCGGAAUUACUAAGGUGCUCAUCGAUGGUAGACGAAGUCAAGAUCGACGGGGCAUACGAAGGCUGGACUGUGCUGGAUCAAGGCGAGGACUUCAAUAUGAACGAGACGUUCUGGGUCAUCUGCGCGCUGUUCGAAAACUUAUCUGCAAAUGGCCAAUCAGCCUUAGAGCACGACCUAGAGAAGAAGCAACGUCGAAUAUGCCUCCUCGUACGGAAAGUUGGGGUGAAGGCGUAUGAGAGAGUUGGCGUUGGUCAUAUUCACGGCCAUAAUCGGUUACUAUUGCGGCAUGAAGACGCUGUGAUCAAAUAG